GCUGCGCCGCUUGCACAGAGAGCAGAGCAGCCCCGGCGAAGGCUCUUCCUUCCUUCCGCGUCGGGGCGGAGACGGAGGAGGAGCCGGGCCGGCAGCGCGUUGCUCCUGCCGGCCUCCAGGAGGGACCGAGAAGCGGGAGAUUCCUGGACAGCUUGGGAAACUUAUACGAGAAUGAGCGUUCUACUGAUUGAAGCUUUUUAUGGAGGCUCUCACAAGCAGCUAGUAGAUCUUCUUCGAGAGGAGAUAGAGGAUUGUGUUCUCUUUACUCUCCCUGCAAAGAAAUGGCAUUGGAAGGCUAGGACAGCAGCUCUCUAUUUCAUGCAAACUGUACCAGCUAGUUCUGAUUACAGGAUCCUCUUUGCAAGCUCGGUGCUUAACCUGACUGAACUCGUUGCCCUUCGGCCUGACCUUGGCAAAUUGAAAAAGGUCCUUUAUUUCCAUGAGAACCAAUUGAUAUAUCCUGUCCAGAAAUGUCAGGAAACGGACUUCCAGUAUGGAUACAACCAGAUUCUUUCAUGUUUGGUUGCUGACAGUGUGGUGUUUAACUCUGCUUAUAAUAUGGAGUCAUUUCUGUCAUCCAUUGGAAAAUUCCUGAAGCUGAUGCCUGACCAUAGACCCAAGUGUCUGGAAAGAAUGAUCAGGCCAAAAUGCCAAGUCCUGUAUUUUCCAGUGAAGUUCCCUGAUGUAAACAGGUUUAUGCCAGAACACAAAUUGGCCCAUAAUGGAGCUAAAGGAAAUGGGAAUACUUGCCCAUUUAUGAGUCUGCCUUUCCAAGAGAAGAACUACGAGACUGUGGGCUUAACGAAAAGUUGCAGCUCAGACCAGGGAUCUGCUGAUAGCAAAACAGAGACAGAAUGUUGUACCCCUUUACAAGAAAGACUGCAUAACCUGCUAACAACACCGAGGGGAACCAUUCAAGAAACGCCCUCCGAAACUUUUGAACAAGGCAUGGCUCAAAGGAGUCGGCCACAGGCUUUUUUGGCUUUUCCGGAGAUCCCAGGGGAACUGGAUUGUCAGCAGAAACCUUUGCACAUCGUUUGGCCUCACAGAUGGGAACAUGAUAAGGAUCCAGAGAGUUUCUUUAAAAUCCUGUUGAAAAUGAAACAGAUGGAGAUAAGUUUUCAUGUGUCUGUCCUUGGAGAGACCUUUACUCAUGUUCCAGUUAUAUUUUCAGAGGCCAAAAAGGCACUGGGAUCAUCUGUCUUACACUGGGGCUACUUACCUAGCAAAGAUGAGUAUUUCCAAGUUCUGUGCAUGGCUGAUGUUGUCAUCUCCACAGCUAAACAUGAAUUCUUUGGCGUGGCAAUGAUAGAAGCUGUAUAUUGUGGCUGUUAUCCGCUCUGUCCCAAGGCUUUGGUCUAUCCAGAAAUAUUUCCAGCUGAAUAUCUGUAUUCUACACCUGAACAGCUUUUUAAAAGGCUUCAGAAUUUCUGCAAGAGACCAGAUAUUGUAAGGAAACAUCUCUAUAAGGGAGAAACGGCUCAGUUUUCUUGGGCGGCGCUCCGUGGUAAAUUCAGGUCUCUGCUCACAACAGAACCCAAGGAAGAUUUGUGACAGAUGGGGCUAAGUCACAAACUUGCAGCCUAAGGCAGACUCUGUAAAACUUUCCAGAGUGUGCCCAUAUUUACCUGAUCAGAGAGAAAAGAAAAUCUGCAGAGGAAGCUCAGCUCAGCUGCUUGUCAUAGCUGACACAGAGCCAUCUGCCACAAACCUGUGGCGGCUUCAGAUCUCCAAUCCCUGCCACCACCCUGAUUCAAAUUAAAUACAGAUUCUGGGACGUUAUAAUGGUUACACAUGUCCUCGGCAUCACAUGGAAGAGACUGUUCAAGGGGGGAAAAAUAUGUGGCCUGUUGUAUAACUGCGCUCAUGUAUCCCAUAUGUGGUGCCACAUUGAAUUUCCGGUUGAAUCUGUUUUUAUCCUUUGUACUGGAUGACAUGGUGCCUGAAUUCUUUCUUUUUUUGCCGACGUGAUGGCAGCCAAGAUUACAGCUUCAAACACUCACUUCUUGGCUGGCUUUCCACCUAGGUUGCCAGGUUAUCGUCGAAACCUCAUUGUGUCCUCCGAGGGCCACAGGGUCUGAAAGGAGGACCAGAAUUCUCCUGGAUUAAUUGGGCAGCCCUGUAUGAAUGAUUUGGAAUUAAAGGGCUGUUUUUUGCACAGUUCCUUUCUUCCUCCCUCUCUCUUUAUCCCUUCCCCCCUCCUUUUGCAAAUUAAUGACUCUGUGGCACAGGGGUUUUUAAGUGAAGGUAUUAAUAAGGGGUCUGGCAGGUAUUCCCAUGAUUCACAGAACUACAUUUGCAUUUAAUUAAUCUUAAAGAAAACUGCAAGAUAAACAGCUGUAAUUCAAACUAGCAUGGGAAAUAUGCUACAUGGUGCCAUCUACCCGAUAAAAUGAAAGCAGAGAUACUUGUUUUAUUUCUCUCUUGGUUCAAAAACAAACAGCCAUCAAAAUGGUUCCAAGGGGGAGGGACAGUUGAUUUUAAUGUUUCUGCCUGGUCCACUUAAAGGAGGGGUGUGUUUUGCUUCGAGAUUUUAAAAAAACCCCUAAGCUUUAAAACACAAAUUGCUUACAAUUCCAAAAGUUAAGCAGUUGCUUUUGAUUAUUCAUUUGAAAAAAUGACUAUCCCGCCUUACCUCUUUGGACUCAGGGUGUGGAACAGUGUAGCAACCAAGUUGUGAAGACACACAUAAUAAUCCAAUUAACAAAACUAAGGCAGAUUAAAAUACACGGUUUGCCAAUUUAAAAGCAUUUGUUGAUGUGAUUUUUUUUGAAAGAUUUAGAUUGUAAAAUGCAUUUUUAAUAAAGUGCCGCUGCGAUGUUUAAUUAGCAUAUCUCAUUCAUGUAUAAGUAUGUACAGCUAUCUGUAUGUUUAUCAUUGCACACAUCCCUGUGUCAGAGUCAAAGAAUACAGUUGGGGUGUUUA